GCCGCCACGACGCAGCGCUCUCGACUCCGAAUCGCGAAAACGCGACCGCGAAGUGCCGCGACACGAGGACGAGAUUCUUUCGGAGAGCCUUCGAACGAAUAUCCGCUUCCGAGCUCUCGGAAACCGCAAGCACACGCUUCCUCAGGAGAGACACGCAUUUGAGAAAAAAGCCAAACGUUGAUCCACUUCCGAGGAAGAUCGUGACGCCGUUGCGAAAUCGGCGGCAAUUGAUUUUUUUUUCGGAGAGCAAGAUCGAUCUCGCGGAAAUAUGAUAGUCGUUAUCGUGAAUCAUCGAACUAAUCAUCUUUGUAAGUGACAACAAUUGCAGAAUCCGUCAGCGGUGAGAUUGCGCGGGGAAGAUUGAUUUCAUAUUGAUCGCGGAUGACUCAGUUCUCCAGAAGAUCGCUAAGGUUCGACUGGUAAAUUAUUAGUGUGUGUGCGCGCGUGUAUUACGAUUCGGCAACGGUGAAUGAGAAGACCGCGUGAUUCUCGCUACCUCAAGAAACACCCACGAGAUUCUUGGUUUUCGAGAGAGGCGUCUUUUUAUAAUUUCGAUAUUCUUCCAAUCAAAGCCGUGUGUUGCUCAAAAGAUUCUCGCUGUUUUAGAAUUCGGAGGACUCGUAGAUCUUAAAUAUUAAAGAAUAAUAGGAUUCAGUGCGGAGAAAGAGUGGAGAAUAGUGCAAUAUUUUUUGAAAGUGUCUUAAACUUAAUACUCGAGGAUGCUCUGAGUGCUAUGAGUCUUAAACAGAUCCCAAUUUUGCAGAAAAGAUCUUUAAAAGUAGCGUUUUAAUGAAAAAUGUUGGGGAACGUUCCACAAAGUAUUUAUCCUUGGAUCCAUUUAAACGCCUCGCUAGAAAAAGAUCCUUAGUAUCUCAAAAAGGAUUCAUAAAUUAUGAAUUUGUAAGAGAGGAAAAAAAGCUUUCUCUCAUGAUAAAAUUAUAUUGAAUACUUCGACGACGAGCAAUUUGUUUCGUUCUUACGUACAUAAUUUUGAUUUUUCUAAAAAAAUCAUGUAUUGCAAUAAAAAUAACAAUCGCGACAUUGGAAGUAUGCUUUAUAGAUUCCGUAGCUUCAAAAGCAAAAUUGUUAACAAUAGAAAUUUAAUACGAUGAAUACUUUAUCAAAUUGUUUAGACUCUUCCAUUUUCUAUCUACUUUAUAUGGUGUACCAAGGAACAACAUCCUCCGGUAUUGGAAGAAUAAUUCGUCAGCAUUCAAAUUUCUAAGUAAAAAGUCUCGAUCCAUUAAUACUUUGCUAGAAAUAAAGUUUCCGCUUCGGAUUCAAAUCGGUAAGGGAGGAGGAAUCUCUCUCAGUAAAAAAAAUCUCAAUGAACGCUUCCGAGGUGAAAUAUCUAAAUCCGCAUACAAUUCCGCAUUUAGUCGACUUGCUCAAGAGAGAUCACCGCACGAUCAAGAACUUAUUACGGAUUAUCUUAAUGAUCGAAUCGAGACAGGAAGCAGCUCGAGAAUAGUUAAGUGACAUCUCGAAGCGGUCGCUGCAACAUUGAGAGCUACAGGACAAGUUUCCGUUUGCCGCGCCAUUGAUUCUGCGGACGAGCCGCGUUUCCGCUGGCGGGAGUCGGUCCUGCGGGUGUAGGAUUCGAGUGUGUAUGUGUGAUGACGAUGAAGAUCGCGCCGCGGGGACCACCGAGGUGACUCGCGGUGGCGGCGGCGGCGGCGACGGCGACGGCGGCGGCGGCGGCGGCGGCGGCGGCGGCUCUUGGGAGACCGAACGGUACCAAAGCUCGCAGGAUGCUGCGGGCGGGAAGAUCUCGCAGCGCAGGAGUCUUGCUCGCAGUCCCCGAAUCGGCUCUGGCCGACUGGUAGGAGGACCGAUGACGAGGCAUGACGGUCUAACGGCGCGCGUCGCCGGGACGCUCACGUCGCGCUCGCGGCCUCUACUGACGACCCUGACGACGCUGCUCGUCGCGCUGUCCUGCUGCUGCGCUCGCGCCAGUGAAUUCCCCGAGCGGGAAUGCUGUGACCUACCCUACCCGAUUCCGGAGCCCACCGGCAGGUCCACGUCCGCGCCGACGCCAACCGGAAGAAGCGGAUCUGGCAUCAAGGUGCCGAUGGCCAUUCUGAAUUGCCUCUACGCCCGACAAUUGUGCUACGAGGAUCCGUCAUGCAGCGCCAUUUUGGAGAUUAUACCAAGAGUUUGCGGUCCAGAAUUAGUGGCAUGCUCGACGGUGACGGUGAAAAAGUGUCAGGCGGCUCUGCGUACCCUGCAGGCUUUCACUUUCUUCCGACCAACGUGCCUCUGCAGGGAGCCGCAUGUCGAUCCAGACUGCAACAGUUUUCAGAACUUCCUGUUCGACCACCCGUGCGACUACGUCGAAUGGAAAGAUAAGGAUCCAUAUCCGAUAGACGCAUUGCCGACAUGCAAUCAUGCACUUAAUCUUUGUCAGCGUGGAAAACCUUGCAAUCAGAUCUACAAGGACUUCAGAACUAAUUGCAAAAUUCAAGACGGCCAAUGCCGAAUGGAGAAUCGGGAUGCUUGCCAAGAUUCUUGGACGCAAUUGCGGCUGUCGCCAAUGUUCGGCUGCAUAUGCCCGAAUAAUCAUAUCAAGCGACGAUGUGACAAGAUCUUCUCAGCGGUUAAUCAUAAUCCUUGCGUUGAGGUCCUGCCCUCCUCCACCUCCGUAGACCUGUCGGGCACGGAUUCGGCCCUGUACCCGUUCGACCCGCAGCAGGAGAACUACCAGGAGAUCUGGUUGCCGCCGACCAGUAGGUACCCCUAUUUUCUGUACCCCGGGACCGCGCGCACUCCGUCGUACUACGACCCCGACAGCACGUACGACAUACGGGAGCCCGGCGAUCGCUAUCAGCAUCACCACCGCCACGGCGAUCGACAUCACCACCAGGAAGUGCCGGAACUGCCCGGCAGGCCAGCCGUUCUCGUUGUCGAGGCGUACGACCCUCGUGCCGAUUCGGACGGGUACGAAACCGACGUGAAUCGGUUCGAGGAUCGCGCGGCGACCUCGCGUCCAGGCGCUGAUCAUCCGGAUCGGUCGACGGAUAAAUCUUUUUCCUCCUCUCCCUCUUCUUCUUCUUUCUCCUCUUCUUCUUCUUUUUCUUCUUCUUCUUCGUCUUCGUCUUCGUCUUCGUUGUCCAAGCAUGACCGCGUCUCCGGCACAGUGCACCUGCAGCCCCAAAGCGAGCAUGACGCGCACCCGCACCAGCAUCGGCACCAUCACCACCAACAGCACCAGCACCAUCACCAUCGUCAGCACCCCGCACUACCCGCACCGCCGACCGUCGUCGCGACGCUGUCGUCGUCGUCGCCGGGCUCGUACGCGCCGGCGGCCGCUCGUCCCACGCCUACCGUGUUGGACGAGCCGUUGGGAGCCCACGGGCCCGGCCAUGCCGAAUCGCCUCGGCUGCCGGCCCCGAGGAAGUUCGCGCCUAGGCCCACCUACGAGCACCGCGCGAUCUUCGACCGCGCCGAUGACGAUCUCGAUGACCUCGAAAUCAGGCCAGCCGCGCCGCCCGUCGAUCGGUUCUUCGAUCUCCUCGAGACCGUCGAAGGGUCCGUCGAUCAAGUGAAGGUCAUCGCCCAUCCCGACAAUUCCUCCAGCCUCGAAGUGAUUGAAUCGCAAUUGGAAAAUCCGCUGAUUGAUCAUCAUGCCGAUCAUCAUAAUUUAUUCAACAUGAAGCAGAUCCCUAUUCCAGGCCAUCAUCAUCGCACUCACCACAAGAAAAACCAGACGGACGAUUUCGAACAAACGGGUGUGGAAUCACCGUCCUCAGACAUCGAUAAGCUUCAGCAGCCGGUGAAAGUGAUCUUAUCCAGCACUUGUCAGCAUGCUUACACGUCCUGCAAAAAUGAUCCGGAAUGCAAGAAUCUCCUGCAACCUGUUCUGAACCACUGCGACUCAACGACGUGCGCGAGAAACGAGUGUAUGGAAGCGUUGCAGCAUUUCUAUAAGACCGCCAAUCACAAGCAUUCCGUGGAAAUUGCUUUCUGCCUCUGCAGGAAAACGGACAGCAAAAAGGACGAGUGCAUAAUAGCACAAGAGAAAAUGCAUCCAACUUGCGCGCAGCGCAUAGACGGCGCCGAAAUGCCAACGUGUCACAGCUUGGCCGAGACUUGCAAAGAGAACAGGAGCUGUAGACUUAGACUGGAGUACUACGAACAAAGCUGCGCGGUCGACAGUGUAACGAAAAAAUGCGCUGGGCCAACCUCAGAAUGCAGAAAAGCGAUGCUGGGCAUCCUGGGUACUGAACUUCAUACCAACUGUGCUUGUAAGGGCACCGAGCUUAACCAACUCUACGGCUGUCUAGGUUGGCAACGACUUCUCUGGGUGAAUCCUUGCGUAGUGGAAUCGCAGAAGGACUAUCACGCGCGCAGAAAACAUCAUCAUUCGCGAACGACAACCGCGAAGACAACGACAACGACGACUGCCGUCGCGUCAACGACAAGGUCACCGACAAGCACGACGGCGACCACCGCGGUCGAACAAGUGGAAGAUAAUCAAAUACCGGAAGUGACGAGGUGGCCGACCACCGAACCCACGGAAACUUGGGAAAUCACAACCACUACUAUAAGCACCACUCCAAGCACCACCACGACCACCACGCCGACACCACGCUUCUGCAUCGUUCAAAGGCCGAGACAGAGUCACCAAUACAUAAGAGAAGGCAAGGGCAAAAGGCUCUAUCGCGAUGACGAGCCCGAAUGCUCGGAACUCUGCCAUUGUGGUGAGGGUGAGCAACUUGUUUGCAACACCAUCUGCGUCGAUUCAUCUCCUUGCAAGACAGAUUUUGCUUUCUACAAUCAUGAAGCGCCUGCCUAUCAGGCGCAUCGAGGUCCUUGCCUUUGCUAUAGUGGUGGCUUUAUAUGCAUGCGGCCUUCGCCUGACACAUAUAGUAUACCGCACGGGGUUUUCAUGUUCCUGGGGUACAGCGAGAAGGACGAGACCUUAUUGAAGCAGCACAACAAUGUAACCGUGCUGGACGCGGUGUCGUCUCUCGACAAUUUCAUGAGAGAGGAAGUCAAUAAUCAGACAGUAUGCACGCUCUUCUUGUACAACGCGACCCGAGAAAACGUGAUUGCAGUGGCACGACUCGGGACCGACAAUCCACCCUUAAAUAGCAGCCAGGCUCAGAGUCUGCAGCACCUGCUGCGCGUCAAGGAGGAGUGCGCGUCGAUGAUGCAAGAUCUCAGUGAUAAGAUCAACAAUAAACAUCACGAGGUGCACACGCAUCCGCUGCUCUCGAUCUUCAAGAUGGCCGAGGUCGAGGUGAAGAUGCCGUACAAUAGCGAGGCGGCGAUCCCCAGAUCGUCGUCAGCGCUCCUUGUCAUUCUGUUCUCAAUUGGCCUCUUCGGGUCGACGUGUCUCUUCGGUUCGUGACAGGGACAUCAAGAUACCACGAAGAAUCCGUAUCGAAUGUCCCCCUUGCGGAAGAUCGCUACGUGUCGCGUACACGUUGUCGCAACGAUUCCGAUCCGGACGAGAAAGGACUCGUGGCCUUGAAGGGCGUAGAUCAACGAAGGGAAGAGUUCCCGUCUUCCCCUCGAUCGCCAUGCAGAUCGCAGGGAUCGAUCAGCGGAUCUGCAAUAGCGAUCUCUAUCCAUUUCCGCCGAUCGCGGAUUGCUCACCGCACCGUUAAAGAUAUUAUUAAAUAAUAUUGAUAUCUAAUAAUAUUUUUUUUUUGUUACUCGACGGAGCGUCCUCGAAUCUCGUCCUUAACUCUUCGACCGUAACAAUUCAUAUGGUUUCAGACUUAAUCUUGAAACAUAUGCGAUAGUUAUCAUAAUUAAUAUUACGAGUAAAAUUAUUUUCCUUCCAAAAUAAGAUCAUAGACGAAGAGAAAUAAGAAAUUUUAUUUUCAAAGUUUUAGUAGUAUAUACUCUCUAGUAACGUAUAUUUUUUUAUAUCGUUAUUAUGUAUUUUACUUUAUGUCUAUCUUUUUGCGAUAAAUGAAAGUUAGUAAUCAAUGAGAAUGUGGCACGUGUUUAAAAUUGCACCUAAACUGUCGAUUUCGAGGUUACUUAAUUUUAUUUUCAGAAUAUAUAUUGGAGAAAAUAGAAAAUUCACAUGGGUAUUUUAUAAAAUAUUCAUUGCAUGUUCCAACAUUUUGAAAGCAUUUAAUAUAGAUGCUAAUGCAUCCCAUGGACAUGAUAACUCUGCUUGACUGAAGAUUACUGCAGUUGCACUGUAAUAAUAUCUUCCAUAGGAAAGAGUGCUAUUUGGUACUCGAAGGGUUAGCGACGGAUGAUUGAUGAUGCCCUGGACGAUCGACGCCAGUUUGAAGUCGAGCUUGAUGCGGAAGCGAGAUCGACAUGAAAUGUAUUUGUCAAAUGCAGAAAUCAAGUAGAAAUCGAGCAGAAAUCGUCGACUCAUUGCGUUUUUUAUGCGCUCGAUCAUUAAUAAAUUCGCCAUCAAAAGUGUCUCGCGACAAGAUUGUUGCACGAUCGACGUGUAAUCGACUUGUGACUUGAAUACGAAUUACAUCGCAAGUUGAUAAUUGGCAGUCGUACACGAUAUUGAUAAUGUUUGAUUAUAUGAUGAUUUAUGUAUAAAUAAUUGAUGAUAGAAUAAUAAAUGAUUUAUAAA